UCCUCUCCUCUUCCUCCUUUCUGAGUGUGUAGGACUGUGACACGUAAACUCUGUCCUCCACAUUCCCCUGGCAGGACACCUCCACCUGGGAGAGGGAGAGCAGAGAAAAGACCUCUUCCCUGUGCCGAAACAGAACCUGUUUAAAAAACAAAACAUGGAAGCAAGAGACGCUACUGCAGGUGCUUUUGUUGGCACUGACAGAGAGAAAAAAUCUGCAAAGAAGGAUGCAGCUCCUAAAGCAGUGACACCACAGACUAAAAGCAGGAUGGAGAAGAUAUUUGGGUUCAAGAAGGAGGACCUGUGCUGCUGGGAGAGCCUGGUGGCCCUUCUGAACCGACCCACUGACCCUGCAUCUCUGGGGAUCUUCCGCUGUUUGUUUGGUUUGCUGAUGGCUAUAGACGUCACACAGGAGCGGGGCCUCAGCCAUCUGGACUAUAAAUACCUGGACGGGGCCCCUGUAUGCCGCUUUCCUCUCUUCAAUUUCUUAGAGCCCCUCCCUCUGGAUUGGAUGUACCUGGUGUAUCUGGUGAUGUUCCUUGGUGCUCUGGGCAUCAUGUUGGGUUGCUUCUACCGCCUCUCAUGUCUCAUGUUCAUCUCAACCUACUGGUACAUCUUCUUCCUGGACAAAACUGCCUGGAACAACCACUCUUAUCUCUACGGUCUCAUUGGGUUUCAGCUUGCGAUCAUGGACGGCAACAGAUACUGGUCGGUGGAUGGAUUACGAAAACCUUCCAUAAGAAACGCUCAUGUCCCUCUCUGGAAUUACACCUUGCUGAGGACACAGAUCUUUAUUGUAUAUUUUAUUGCUGGAGUUAAAAAAUUGGAUGCUGACUGGGUGGAGGGAUAUUCAAUGUCAUAUCUGGCACACCACUGGCUCUUUGAUCCUUUCAAAGUGAUUCUUCCUGUGGAGUUAAUCAGUCUGCUGGUGGUGCACGGAGGUGGUCUUGUUCUGGAUCUAACCGCCGGAUAUUUGCUGUUUUUUGACGCCACGCGGCCUGUCGUGUUUUUCUUUGUGUCAUAUUUCCACUGCAUGAACUCUCAGCUGUUCAGCAUCGGGAUGUUCUCCUACACCAUGUUAGCAACCAGUCCUCUCUUCUGCUACGCUGAUUGGCCCAGGAGAUUCUUCGCUCGCUUCCCGUCUUUCCUUAAGGGAGUCCUGCCGCUCACCUCGGCGGAGAUUCAGCCCAGCACUUCCUGCCUCUACCCUGAAAUUCGCAACAGCAGUGAAUGUCGGGAGACACAAAAUCUUGCAAAACCUUCCAAACUGCGAUUUAAGCACAAGCUGGGAGCUGUUUUUACUAUUCUUUACAUAGCCGAGCAGUUUUUCAUGCCUUAUUCACACUUCAUCACAAAGGGUUACAAUAACUGGACCAACGGUUUGUAUGGCUAUUCCUGGGACAUGAUGGUCCACUCCCGCAGCCAUCAACACGUGAAGAUCACCUACAAAGAUGGAAAAACGGGUGAAAUUGGGUAUCUGAACCCAGGGGUGUUCACUCAGAGUCGUCGCUGGAAAGAUCACGGAGACAUGCUGAAGCAGUAUGCCACCUGUCUCAGUGGGCUCCUUCCACACUACAACAUCUCUCAUCCUGAAAUCUACUUUGAUAUCUGGGUGUCCAUCAAUGAGCGCUUCCAGCAAAGGAUCUUUGAUCCUCGCGUGGACAUUGUGAAAGCUGAAUGGUCGCCUUUCAAAACAAACCCGUGGCUGAUGCCCCUGCUCGUGGACCUCUCACCCUGGAGGACCAAGUUCCAGGAGAUUGAGGGCAAUUUGGACAAUCAGACUGAGAUCGUCUUCAUUGCUGAUUUCCCAGGUCUCCAGUUGGAGAACUUUGUGAGUAAAGACCUGGGCAACACCAGCAUCCAUGUGCUACAAGGGCAGGUGAAUGUGGAGAUAGUGGACGAGAAAAAGAACAGCACUCUGCAGCCUGGUGACCAGAUACAGGUUCCCGCUGGGGCUUAUCAUAAAGUGUACACCGUGUCUGAGAGCCCGUCCUGCUACAUGUACGUCUAUGUCAACACCACAGAGACGGUGCUGCUGCAGAACUUCACCAAGCUGCAGGAGCUGCAGGAGCGUAUUCGCAAUGGAACAGAAACUGAGCCUCUUCCUCCUGAGCUGCAGCCUCUUAUGGCUGCAGAUGAUGACAAAGAGGCGGAGGUCAACGCCACAGACCCCGUCGUGCAGCUGUUUCUGAAGAGGCAGCGUCGGAUGAAGGAGGUGAAGAAACGCAGGGAGGCGGGUGUGCUGGAGCGACUGGGUCGCUUUGCUGUUAAAAAGUACUACACAAUACGGAGGGGGUUCUUGAUGACAGCCAUUGCAAUAAGAAACCUGGUGUUUGGUCUCCCGCCUGUGGAGCAGCUGAGGAGAGAAGUUGCCUUUGCCAACAUGAAGGAACCUGAAGCAGAAGCUAACCCAGACGAGACGCUAAGAAACGAAGUUGGUCAUGCAGAACUUUAAACUCAAGGCAUAAAGUGUCUUGAGUGAGGAUAGAUGAACUCCAGGUGCUGAAUCACACAAUGUGUUACUACUGGACUGUUACGGAGUGGGGUCCUCUCUGUCCAGGGUAUGAAGGAACUCUGAAAUAAUUUGCAUUUCAGGUUACUUUUAAAUGUAUUAUUUUGUUCUUAAAUGUGAGCUUCAGAAAGAGUACACUCUGCAGUAAAACAAAAAUCCUGCAUGUGUGCUAAUGCAUGGGUGGAUGAUGCUAUCUCUACUACAAAGGCAUCAUUAUAUGAUCGGUUGGAAGAUUUACUUGCCAGUCUAUAAAUGCUGCUUUGUUCAGAAUCCUGGGAAAGAAUGAGUUUUAUAUCUUAAUGGGUCAAGUUUCAGCAACUCAACCAUUUUUGAAGGAGUUUAUUCUGAUCUGUUUUUACUAAAAUGUGAGAGAAACAAACUUGAUGGUAAGAGUAGAAAAAAAUAAAAAGAUUGAUAAAUGUGUUUAAUAAAAUGAGCUCUGACAAAA